UUUAUCACCUGAAAACUUUAGGAUGAAGUUUGAUGACAUCUUGGUGAGGAUAGGGGAGUUUGGAUUUUACCAGAAGCGGCUCUACCUAAUUCUCUGUAUACCUGCUAUAAAUGUGGGCUGUUAUAUGAUGAUGUUAGUCUACACCAUGCAUACACCGGCACACAGGUGCAAAAUUCCUGGAUAUGAAAAUGAUACAUAUCUCGAGCAAAAUGAAAAGCACAGACAACUCAUAAAUGUGACUAUCCCGCUCCCUGAUGAUCCCCAUUCUGUUCUGAAAUAUGACAGAUGUCACAUCAUAAGACGAGAGAAUAACGUCACGACGGUUAUGAAAUGUAAUGAAUGGGUCUACGAUACAUCAGUGUUCGAAGAAACGUUUUCAUCGAAGGUGAAUUUAGUUUGUGACGAUGCUUUGAAAACCUCCCACGCUCAGAUGAUCUUCUAUUUCGGUGUGUUGGCUGGCGAUGUGGGGUUUGGAUGUGUUGCCGAUGUAUUUGGUAGGAAGAAAGCUUUGGUAAUUUCUGCAGUCCUACAGGUUCUCUCUGCAGUCAGUGUGGCCUUUGUGUCGAAUUAUUACGUCUUUGUUAUUCUGAAUUUCCUCGUGGGAGCUGCAUGCCAUGGCGUCUUCGUUCCAGCUAGCGUUUUAAGUGUUGAGAUGGUAGGUCCUUCUAAAAGAGUAAUGACUGGGAUUCCUAUCCAUAUGUUCUUUGCUGUUGGGCUGCUGUACCUGGCGGGGGUGGGCGCACUAGUCCGACACUGGCAGUACCUCCAGCUAGCUGUGGCGGUACCGUGUGCUGUCUAUGUCUUGUAUUGGUGGGUCAUACCGGAAUCUCCGCGAUGGCUGCUGUCACAGGGAAGAAUGGAAGAGGCGGAAAAAAUCGUACAACGUGUCGCUAAAGUAAAUGGGGCUGACGUGAAGGGAAAUCUUAUUGUGGGAGAAAAAAUUGAAAUUCCGAAAGGGGAGAAAAUUUGGCACGUGUUUAGACACAAAGUGCUAUUUGUUCGGGCGAUAAUUUUGUUCAUUAACUGGAUUGUUAUAGCUAUGGAUUAUUACGGAGUAACCAUGCAUGUUGGAAAUAUAGGAGGAAACUUCUACCUAAAUCAGUUUAUUCUAGCAAUUGUAGAGUUUCCUGCAAAAAUAGCUACCAUGCUUUUGUUAAACAGAAUAGGAAGACAGAAGUUACACUGUUUGAUAAUGAUCAUAGGUGGCGCUGCAUUACUGUGUACCAUAUUUCCAGUCCUCUACGGCAAGGAAGAGUUAAGUAGUCUGACACUGGUACUGUCGAUCAUUGGUAAGAUGGGGUCAUCAGCGGCCUUUGGUGUAAUCUACAUCUACACUGCAGAACUAUAUCCCACCGUGGUCCGUAAUGGUGCUAUGGGAACCAGUUCUUGUAUCGCUCGGUUUGGUGGCAUGGCUGCUCCGUAUAUAGCCUCAACAAGUGACUAUGUGAGUGGAAAAUUUGGCCAGGCGUUGCCAUUGGUGAUAUUUGGUGGUUCCUCCGUCACUGCCGGCUUUCUGACCCUCUUUUUACCGGAAACCUUACGUAGGAAGCUACCAGAAACCAUCCAAGAUGGAGUCGAAUUUGGAAAAAAGAAAGACGAGUUGAUCAUGAAUGGCUUUUCUAAAAGAAUCAAAACACCGCAACCGAGUUCGUCCUCCUUUGAUAAUACUGCAUUUGAGGGAACUACGUUGUAACAAAGAAGAAGUGCGGUGACAUAUAUAUGUUCAAUGGUACAUCAGCA